AAGACACCGUACUUGGGGCAACAUACACUGUGGGAUAUCAUGGUUUUGUUUAGUCUUUUUCAAACCGGUUACCUAGAUAUUGUUGAAUUUUCAAAGCAAACACCACAGCGAAGGACAGCAGUGUUUCGCAAAUGAGAUUUCAGAGGUGACAUCUUGCUGGUUUGAUCACAUAACCUGCACCAUGGGAAAGCGAUACUACUGUGACUACUGUGAUCGGUCCUUUCAGGACAACAUGCAUAACAGGAAGAAACACCUGAAUGGUGUUCAGCAUCACAGAGCUAAAAAGGCUUGGUUUGACCAUUUUAGAGACUCAUCAGCCAUUCUGUACGACGAGCAAACAAAAAAACCCUGCAGAAAGUUUCUCCAAAAAGGAAUUUGUGAUUUUGGCCCUAACUGCAGGUUUUCUCACAUGUCAGAAGAGGAUCUGUUUAAUUUGAAAAGACAGGUGGAAGAUGAAAGGCAGCUCAGAGAGGACUCUGCGGACAGAACCAUGCCUAAGCGAAGUGUAGAAGAAUGGCUGUCUAGAAGGGAAAUGAAGAAGACUGCCCUCGGCACCAAAGAAGAUCUAAAAACUGAGGAAGACAGUGAAGAGGGCCAAGCAGAAAUUGAUGUUCCUGAACAGCUCCUCUCCAUUCCCGACCUUCCACCCUCUCUAUUACCUCCACCUCCAGGCGGAUGGAAAGUCAAAGUGAACACAGAGUGGGGUUGAAAGAAAUUCACUUUGUGUUUCAAACCACUGUUAAGAGGAUACGUGACAUUAAUAGGCGGAAUGGUACAGAAUACCUGUGUUAUUAAGAAAUGGUGUCACGUUUGGUUUUGAAGUACACAGUAAGGUAAAUCUUUAGCAAAAUCUUUGUAACCUACAUGACUGACAUUUUGGCAGUGUGUUGUUGAGUGCCUUCACAGUGAGACUAUCCACAGAGUAAUAUUAGAUGUCAUGCAGUCCCAAAUGAGCAGAUGGAAAUAAUCUUUUGUUUUAGGUUAAUCUUGUGCUGCAUCACUAGGAGAAACACUGAUCUAACUUAAUUUUGGUUCUAACCCAGCUGCUGGAAAACACCAUUUUGCAAAAUGCUAAAUGGCAAAGGUGGCAAACUAAUGAUCUGAAUAAAAUUUCGUAAUUAAAGUUUCAUCGCUGGAAAGUUUAAUACAUUUUUGCCAACGAGCCUCAUGCAGAUCCCUUGGAUUUGUGACUAAUGUAUUCAUAAUUGUCUUUGCCUCUCAACUGGGGUUAUACUGAGAUGUAUAUGGUUUGAACUGUUUCCACAUCUGCUGUAUACCUAAUGCAGUGUUUACAGCAGAGACCUCAUUAAAUUCUGUGUGGGUUUUUUUUUUUUUCAGUUUUGUACCAUUUUGUCUAAGUCUUGGCCAGGUCUCCUGUGUAAAAGAUGCCUCUGACUUUAAUGGGACUUACCAAGUUAAAGACACCCAGUAGUGCUUUUGACCACUAGUGGCGCUAUAGAGAAAUGUUUUUCUGAGUGUUUUGCCGGGUUCCAGACCUUUGAAUCAGCCCACUCCACCAAGUUCACUGAUUCUUCUGGCAUCAUGACGUGAAACAGUGGUUUCUCACCUGAAAAAGGAGAUGACCCAAUGAUCAAUCAAUGCCAUUGGUUGGACUAACACUGUUGUCAAGCUGUGCGCCAGAACCAAGGAGCAGUGAUAACAAUGGUGCCUGCUAUAGACAAGAUACAGGCCGCAAGUUUUUUAAUCUAUUAAAAGUAGUAAUUACUUUGAAAUUUAACAGCACUCUGCAUGAAGGCGUUCAUUGCCUGAUAUCAAACAGAACUGUCAACUUAGUGAAGUGGGUGGAUUCAAAGGUCUGGAACCAGGCAAAGUGGACACCUUGUGAUUGGAUAGGAAAAAUCGAAUCCCCCUCCCCCAUCAAAAUGGGUUAGAGCGAAGGCAACGUCAGACUGGAGAAGGCAGCGGAGUGUAACGCGUUGACAACUCUGUCUGAUAUCAGACAGUUAUGUUUGCAUCGCGCACAAGGACACGUGCACAUCCUGCCUUCCCAGCACUGGCCAACAAAGACCGUGAGGAAAAAGAGUGAUUAAAAAAGAAACAGAAAUCAGCUUUGCGAAUGCAAUCACUCUGUCACCCCCCUUCAUACUCGCCCCCCUCUGUAGCAGUAAUUUAUAUCUAUUAAAUCUCAAUGACAACUGCGAACUCAUGUCCACAUGCUUGAACUGUGGUAUAGAUAGCUCUCAAGGCAUGCCAGGAUCCCCGUACUGCAAGAAAUGUCAAAAUAUACUUUCCAAACUAUUGAUAUACUUAGUUUUUUCAUUCUUUCCUUAUUAUUGCCAAUUGAUUAUUUAUUUUUCAAUACAUGUAUUAUUAUUAGCAUUAUUUUCUUCUACCCCAUAUACACAAUCAUACAUAUAAACACCUGUGCCAUACUUAACAGAUUUCCACUAAAAUACACUCAUUACAAUAAGUGCAUGAUAUUUAUUUGUAUUCUGAUUAUUGUGACUAUGAUUUCAUCCCUGUUUGCUUUGUUUUAUUUACGUUUCAUCCCAAGUUCUGUACGUCCCCUUGCUUCUCCUCUGCCUGCCCUUGCAUACUCUCAUUGUAUCUGUAAAGUCAUU